UUGUUUGAGUGGAACAAAUUAAAACAACAAUGGAUCAAAACAAUCAAAUUUGGUAGAAUGGUUCUACCUUUUUCAGUGUAAACAAGGGUCAAGGAGUAAACUUCAAUAGAACCAGAAAGCAAAGCCUUCAAUCACAAAUCUUACUCAAAACCUGCAAAUUUUCUUAGAGCUUUUGAUUCACAAUCCUCAUCAAUUUCAAUUCAAUUUUAAUUCAAUUUCAAUAUACAAAAAAAAAAAGAGUAAAAAUGAUAAGAAAUAGAUUGCAAUGGCUGAACACAAUGGUUACAGAACCAUAUUAUUUCUUCCAUUUCCUCUUAUUCUUCUCUUACCUUCCUAUUCGUAUUUCUUCUUCUUCUAUCUUCCCUCCUCAUAUCUCCCUCCGUAUUCUUCGUCGUGAGAUUCAAGCUUUUCUUGCAUUUUCCAUUUUAGCUUUUGUCAAGAUGGUGAGAGAAGAAACAUGGGAGGGUUUUAUUGCUGAUGCUUUGCUUUUUGGGAAGGCUUUUCUUUUUCUGCUUGCUCUAUAUGUGGAUUACCAUUUGGCUUUAUGGUACAUGCUGGCGUUUUUAGUGUUAUAUAUAGUAACACAGCAACCUGCAUUUCCAGUACUAGGUGCAGUGAAUAGUAUGACACCUUUACAGUUGGAAAGUACACUGAUUGAAGGGAACACUUCAAGAUUUUGGCUGGUUGAAUUUCGUUCGUUGUGCUCAUCAACUUGUGUACGACUCAGUCGCAACUUUCCCGAACUUUCUAUCACAUACACAAAUAAGCAUUUGUCGUUUGGUUUAGUUGAUCUUGGACUUUUCCCUAAUGUAGCUGAAAAAUUCGCAAUUUCCCUUACUGGAAAUGUGGGGCUUCCGACAUACAUCUUAUUUGAAAACAGUUCCGAGAUUGCUCGUUUCCCAGGAGUGGAUUUUGUAGCAAAAGGUUUCCAUCCCCCUAUUACAAAGGAAUAUUUGGCGCGACAUUUCGAUCUUGAUCGGCUUUUUCUUGAAUACUUGAAUAGCAAAUAGGCAUAACUUAGAUUUGUAAGCUACCAUGUUGUAUACUAGAAGUUUUGUACUCUACAAGAUGUAAUCAUUUCUUUUAUUCAUUAUUGGAAACCACCAAGAGUUGCCUUUGUUGCAACUAUAUAUGGAUAUGGAGUACUUCCAGAGUUUUGUAAACCUUGUUUUGUAUCUGGGAUUGUAUCCCCUAAUAUGCAGUAUUCUUUUAUCACUAUGAA